AUGUUCACACAUAUUCUCCUUGCUUCGCUAGGCCUCCUGGCGUCAGCAACCAAGAGCUUCGACUGUGGAACCGACACCAAGCAUGCAUCAGAUGAAUUCCUUCAAACCAUACAGGCCCUGCAUGGCGGCUCAAAAGGUGGCUCACCAGCUGCUCGUGCCGCUCUUGCUGCCCGUGAUGAGCCUUCUGGUCCCAUCAAAAUCGAUGCCGUCUUCCACAUUGUGGCCACAAGCGCAAAGAAGAGCACCAUCACAAACAGCAUGCCCUCUGCGCAAAUCGAUGCUUUGAACGAAGCGUACAAGCCGCACGACAUCACCUUCAACCUCAUCAACGUGACCUGGACAACCAAUGACGACUGGGCCGUUGGUGACAAGCCCGCCGACGAUGCCAUGAAGAAAGCCCUCCGUCAAGGCAGCUACGACACGCUGAACAUCUACUUCCAAACCGACCUGAUGGGCGGUGUUCUCGGGCGCUGCACGCUGCCCUCGUCCAUGGCGCAGAACAAGGCCGAUCCGUCAGUCUACUACAACGACGGAUGCAACGUCAAUGCCAACACCAUGCCCCAGGGCUCCAUGAACGGCUACAAUGCCGGGAAAACGGCGGUCCACGAGACGGGUCACUGGAUGGGCUUGUUACACACUUUCGAAGGCGGGUCGUGCGACGGGCCAGGCGAUUACAUUGACGACACGCCUGCGGAGAAGACGGCGACGGAUGGGUGUCCGACUUCCCCGGCGAAGCGCACUUGUCCUGAUCAGCAGAAGGAUGGCGAGAGUGAUCCGAUCCAUAAUUAUAUGGAUUACUCGAUUGACUCGUGCUAUGAGGGCUUCACGGACUUGCAGGUCGCGCGGAUGAGGAACAUGUGGGGGAUGUACCGGAAUGGCAACUAA